AUGAACUCGUUUAAAGUCAUCGUUGUUGGUGCAGGCCCCGUGGGGUUGGUGCUUGCUCACGCCCUGCAAGCCUCCGGUAUAGACUACGUGCUUAUCGAACAGAGAUCGCAAGUCCCGCCAGACCCGGCUUAUGGUGUAUUUCUAUGGCCUCAAAUAAUGCGCAUUCUUCACCAACUAGGCCUUCUUGAAUCAAUUUUAGCCGUCAGCCAGCCCAUGCUCGAAGCCAUACACCGAUCGACAGAUGGCAAUGUCCUGCACCGGGAGGAAGGAUUCCAAAAGCUCGGAGUGAUGUUUGGCUACCCCAUGUCGUUAUUCAACAGAGGGGACUUCGCCUUAACAUUACUGAACGCACUUGAUAAGAAGGAGGAACGCGUCAAGACAGGCAAACGACUAAGCAAGAUUACAAAUAAUAAGACAAGCGUCCGAGUCGAUUUUCUCGAUGGCACUCACGAAGAGGGAUCGAUCGUCGUUGGCGCCGACGGAGUUUGGAGCAGCGUUCGAGAUCAAAUGGCAACCCUGGCACCCAAAGGACUAUUUGACGAGGCCCCGAACCCAUUCGAAGCCACCUACGCUGGCGUGUUCGCCAAAGCGAGUCUUCAUGAAGCGAGCUUCGCCGGCAAAAUUGAGCCCGGGCGAAACAUCAAUGUCUACCAACCAGGUUCCCACGUACAGGUCUUCACCACGAGGGACGAAGCUAUGAUUAUCGUUUAUCACCGCAUCUCCGCGGAGAGGAAGCGCACAUACUUUGGCCAGAACGACGCUGAAGAGGCUGCUAAGCCAUGGCUUGACGUUCCUGUUGGUGAGGGGCUUACAUUUGGUGAUGUAUGGGAGAAGAAGAUUGCUGGUGGAAGCGCCAAUUUCGAUGAGGGUGUACUGCCGUGGUGGCAUUGGGGACGGACGGUGCUGGUUGGAGAUGCAGCUCAUAAGAUGAACCCCAUCAGAGGUGCAGGCGCAUGCGCUGGAAUCGAGGAUGCCGUAGCUCUCGUGAAUGCCCUCCAAGAUGUCCUACGCCACGAGCCAAACCCGUCGUUCUUUGAACUCACCCAGGCGUUUGUAGCGUAUCAACACGAGCGGGAAGCCGCAGCAAAGAUCUGGUUAGAGGUUUCCCAUCUUAAUCUCGAGCUGUGUAUCGGUCCCCACCAGCCAGCAUUGAAGGCUGCUAGCAUUGCCGACUUGAAGGUCAUGCCUUUGGUUGCAUCUGGCCCUGUUCUGAAGUAUCUUCCGUUCCCUGAUGAGAAGAGUGGCUUUAUACCCUGGGUGAAGAAGGUGAAGUCGAAGGAUAAGGAACAGAUCAAGUCGCAUCUGUGA